CCAUCACCUACGAUUUCUGGAUGUCAGCUGCAUCGCAGCCUUGGAGCUUGUGAGAGGAGGCGGAGCCCAUUGCUGAGACAUUCAUUAUCUCUCACCGCCGAGGCGUUGCCGCGCUAUGAGCUUCGCAGCACGCCAGCGGAUGGCGCCCGUCCAGACAUCGUCGCCAUCAUCGCCUUCGUCAUCAGCAUCUUCAUCCUCUUCCUCGUCAUCGGCGGUAUCGACCAUCUCCUCUCGGUUUCCAACCCCUUCAGAAGAUGCGCUGGCAGGAAGCAGCAGCUUUGUCACAAGAACAGGCGAGAAGGCAUCAGCCUCUGAACCUAUGCGUCCUCGCAGACCGCAGACGUCACCAUUCACAUCGCCCAGAAAGGCCGGCAAGAGUAGCCCGAGGAGAUGGCAGGGCGCUCACAGCUCCCCAGGCCCUUCAUACGCACACCAAAGCGCCACAGAGCAAGAUCACUGGGAGACUCACUCGUCUUCCUCGUCUUCCUCCUCGUCUUCCUCGUCGUCGUCUUCCUCCUUCUCCACUUCGCUGGACCAACAUGGCCUCCGAAUCGCUUGGCAACGCGUCUCUCAGAAGAGGAGCAGCGGCAGCGGCGGCGGGGGCGGCGGGGGCGAUCCGCAUCAGCGCCAGCUGCAGGAGCAUGGCGAGAGUGAGGACGAUGGGACGUGGCCGAACACCGUCGCAUCGUCUGCGGCUCAAUCGCAGUCCCCACAAUCGACUCGCAGCCUGCGGAGCGUGUUGGACCAGAUUGAUAGCCAAAGCAGACGUGGCGGAGGCAUUGAUGGAACAAGACAGUCAGCAGCCACUGCUACUGCGACUCGGUCGAUGGACCUCGCAGGGCAAUCUGCGCCGUCAUCGUCGCUGACGGCCGCCUACGCGCGGGUCAAUGAGAGGAGGCGGUCAGCAUCAAAUAACGACGUCGUGAGCGGCGAUCUCGAGCAAAGCUACUACGGCGCACAAGAGAACAGCCGAGAAGAACAGGAUGCCUACGAUCUGCGCUUGUACGAGGAGCAACGCAGACAACGCCGCGAAGAGCGAGAUCGUCUCAUCAGGGAAAGGAUCGAGGAGAAGAGAAGAAACAAGCGGGUUCAGCAAGAAGAAGACGAGUACGUGGCGCAGUCAUCACAUAGAGCGUCGUCGUCUUCAAGACGGCCGACGGCUUCCUCAUCUUCGCCGCUGCGCUCUUCAUCGACUAGAAGGCGCCAGUUCGACCUUUCGGAAGACACUCAACGCCUACAGCAGCGCAUUUCCCGCCCGCCAAAUCCAUCAUCCGUCGCCGCCUUUGUAGCUACAGUAUCGCCAUCUAAGAGGGACAGGGCCAGACAGGCUUUCAGCGAAAUGCCAUCAUCGCCUACGACUUGGCCUGACCAACACGCCACGGCCAGCAGCCCCGCUCCGUCGCCGAUCAAAGACCGUGCCUCACAGCCGUCGUCACCACCCACGCAACGAAGCAGCGCCCCUUCGACAAGCGCUUUCAGCUUCAAGCCUCAAAUGAUGAGCAAGGACACAGUCAACCUGAGUCCGGAUAGCACCAGCAGCCCUGAGCGCGGCGCCAGUGGCCUGGGAGGUCAUCGCCGCGAGAGGUCGGGCACGUCUACGUCAGUGCUCAAUGUUUCGUCGCGUCUACCGCCUGCUAGCGCGGUCGAGGCGAGGAAAAGAUUGGAGAGCGCACUGCAGGCACCAGUCGAGAAGGUUGAGGAUGAUGAGGAGGAGGAUGGAAGAGAUGAGGAGAACGAGAUGGCUCGCGACCAUCUGACUCCGUCCGUUACUCCGCGAACUGGGAAGAGACGCAAGUCGGUCAGAUUCAGCCCCCAGCCAGAAGUCAUAGACACAGUGGCGCCACCAGAACUUUCUUUGGAACAAGAGGAGGAGCUGGAGCGCUCACGAUAUUCUUCAGAGGAGGGUGAAGAGGAAGAGGAAGAGGAGGAGCAAUGGUGGACCUCGACGACGCUGGCAACGCUUAAGGCUUCAGAGCAAAUAGACCUGGAUCGAGUCCUCAGCGCAGAAGCGACCUCGUCGCAUCAGGCUGGCGGCACCGCUUCACCUCGACAGACAAGCCUGAAUCCCACACCUAUCCGUCUCCCGCCAGGCGCCUUUGGCUCUCCUCUCCCACCGUUGUCGGGAAGAAGCACAGACUCAUUCUCGCGCCAUGUCUUGCGCGCGACCCCCAAACGCAUUCUCCCUGCUUCAGGCGCAUCCACCACCUCCGACUCCCCUCUAUACCCAGGUGGUAUGCGCUUCCGUCCUUGGACGGCAGCGAGCCCCGCUUCCCAGCAUGCCCCCAUCUCUGCCGCACCGAGAGGACGAGACGAAGAUGCCGAGGUGGCAUCCACCUCUUCCGUAUCUUCGAGCUCGUCGACCUCUUCGGCCGACCUGGGAGCGCUCAACUUUAAGAAGCCCGUGCGACUGCUGCAGAGCCUCGCACGAGGAUUCGACGCUCGUAGCACACCUGAUGCGGCAGAGAAGCAAGGCGCUCGACAACGUCCGCCUCCUCCAUCUUACGCGGCGGUUACUAGCAGCGUUGCGGGCCAGGAAGAAGCGACGAUGCUGCCAAGGGAGUCGACCCCUCCGCCGACCGGUGCAUCCUUCUCCCGUCACUCUAGGACCAGCAGCGCUGCCGACAGCAGCAGGCAUGGAGCGCUUCCCGAUGUGGUCGUGGAUGAGAUUGCCAGCGAGACUGAGGAAGAGCAGGAGGAGCCGAAUAUCAGCGCUCACGAUGUUGCUCACCAUCCCAGCGCCACCAGCCACGUUGGAGAACUUACGAGAAACGAGUCAUCCUUUGCGAGAAGCCCCACUGUCGCCGCUGCCGACGACUCGCUGCGCGCCACCCUGGAUCAGGUCGUGACGGCUUUGGACGAGCGCAAACGCCUAUUUGCUGCCAACGACCCAAACGACAUCCAGGCUUUGCAGUACAGGACUGAGGCCAGCGAUCGCAAGGCCGCAGCUACGGCUUCGCUCCAGGCAGACCUUGCUGCACUGGCCGAUCGCAUCGUCGAAGUCGAGGCGGACCGUGGCGCAGCUGAGCAGGCCGGCAAAGACGAGGAUCAUCAGCAGACACAAGAGCUGGAUGCGGCCCGCAAGAAGCUUCUCACUCAGCUUCAAGCGCUCAUCGUGGCGGGUGAUCAGCAGUAUGCGAAGGCGGGGCCAAUUCUCUCGCCUCGCGUACUCAUGUGCCUCCUCGUUGCAGCCCUUCUGCUACUCUGGACGGUCCUCGUGGCUGCCUUGAGCCACUCGGAUCUCGUCUACCGGAGCGUGUACGUGGACCCGCUCUACCCCGAGGCGUAUUCACUAAGCGCGGACUUUCACUCGUCAGCAUCCUCGUCGACGUCGUCAUGGCUCACGGCGAUGUCGGACAGGAAUACCUCAUUCGAGGUCCCGCUCGGCUUCAUGCCUGCGACCGUGGUGACGAGCAGGACGAGUGGAGUGGCGGCCAUGGUCAAGCGCGGCUUGGUGUGGUUGCAUCGCCUCUCUCUGGCUCAGAGACGGAUUGACUACGCGGAAGGCGGUGCCACUACUUCUUGGCUGGAGCGCGUCAUGUCCUUCUUGCUCUCUUUGACGAGAAUGCUGCCGCCGUGGGCCUUGUUACUGAGGCUGCUCGAUGAUGCAGGAAACAGCGGCGUUCUGAGCGGUGACGAAUGGCAGUGGGUUUCGACCGUGCAGGGCGUGAGCGGAGGCGCGGUGCCUAUCUAAAGCAGCUGAGCGCACAGCUGCAAUGACGACGCUCGAUGUGAAUCCUAGAGCCGUUUUGCAUUCUUUCUCUUGUAUGAUCACUUCACUUCUGCUUGCUCGUCGCUACCAUGAUCUCGAUGCAUGUUGUCUUCUCCCG